AUGAAGUUAGUAAGAAUUCCGUUUACUGAAGCGGGUACGGUAGAGGAUCAAUAUUCGCUAGAACUUGGCGGCCAUAUGACACGUCAAUUAUUCAGCAUCAGAAUUCGCCAAUUUAAUGAAGCAAUAACCGCAGUUCGUCCACUAAAAAUAUUUAGAUACUUACCAUUAAUAAUAUUUCAAAUAUCAUUACUUAUUACUGUCUCGAUUUUUGUUAAAUACGAGUUAAACAUUAAUAAUAAUGAUUCUGGCGAGGAUAAUAAUAACAAUAAUAUUGGAUCAUUGCUACCUCAAAUAUAUGGUGUAGUGGGAGCAAUGAUUUUUGGAUUUAUUAUUUAUGCAAUUCUUAGCAGACGGUAUAAUAAAAAGAUUCAAAAAGCAAUAAAUCGUCAACUGGAUGAAUUCAAUAGAAUCGAUAAUCCGAAGCAAUUGAAUUGGCGUGUAGUAACAGAAAGUUUCACCUACAAUGAAUGGCAAUUUUCCGGAUCAUUGAAUUCAGUGUAUCAAAUGGUAUUAAUUAUUGAAAUUGGCGGAGAAUCAGACUCGCCUAUUAUAAUUGUCAAAUCGCCAGAAGAAGCGCAUAUUAACAAUUCUUUUGAAAAGCAAAUGAAACAAACUAAAGAUAGUAGCAACGACUAUUUUGUUAUUUAUGACAAUGCUCCGCCAGCUUAUAACGAGAAAAAUUAA